AGGUAAACAUAAUCAAAACGUGUUUCAUUCAUACAAUUUGGUGGUAAUAUUUGAGUUGAACAAUUUAAUUGAUUUAAACUUGAAAAUGAGUAAAGCGUUGUUUGAUAAUGAUGAUGUGUCGGAUGAUGAGAUUGGUUUCAAAACCAAUAAAGACUAUGCCAAGUCAUACAACACAUAUCGGCAAAAAGAAUUGUUAAAAAAGCUGAAAGAUAAGGAGGCCGGCGAUGAAUCGGAUUCCAGCUCAGACUCGGAUAGUUCGGAAGAUGAUGAAAUAGCAUUCAAUCCAAAAUUUGACAAUGAAUUCUACAAAACGUUAUCAUCGUUGAAACGAAAAGAUCCAACAAUUUACGAUAAAUCAACAAAAUUCUUCGAUGGAACCAGUCACGAUGCGGAUGACUUGGAUGCUGAUGAGUCAGCGCCCAAAAAGAAGACAAAGAAAUUAACCAUCAAACAGUAUGAACAGGAUUUAUUACUGAAGAAUGGUGGAGCAUUCGAUGAAGAGUCUGAUGAUGACAAUGAGACCAGCAACAAGAGAGCACAAUCACCAACCUAUAAUGAAGAACAGAAAAUGAUAAAAAGUGAAAUUCUCGGAAAAGUUGGAAACAUCGAUGAAUCAGAAGAUGAAAACGACAUUGGUGGCUUGUUUAGUAAACGUGAAAAGACAAAGAAAGAGGAGGAAGAAGAUGACAAAGAGCAAGAAAAAUGGCUGAUCGAACAUACUGAAAUCAAAGAGAAAAGUAUCAAUGACAUUUGGUCGAAUAAUAAACUUUCAAAAGAUGAGAAAUUCCUUCGUGAUUAUAUUUUAUCAAAUGGUUAUGCGGACAAAGAUGACGAUGAAAUUCCAACAUACGAUGAAAUUGUCGACGAUGAUGAUUUUGAAGAGAAACAAACUGAAUUCGAGCACAAAUACAAUUUUCGAUUUGAAGAUCCUGAUCAAGAAUUUAUAAAGCGAUAUCCACGAACGGUUGAGCAUUCGGUGCGUAAAGUUGAUACUCGACGUAAGGAAAAACGUGCCGAACGAAGGGAUCGAAAGGAAAUUGAAAAGAAAGAAAAAUUCCAGGAAAUCGAAAUGUUAAAAGAAUUGAAACGCAAAGAGAUUGAAGAAAAAAUUGAACAAUUGAAAGCAGUCACAGGAACCGAUGAAUUGAAUGUCGAUGAAAUGGAUUUGGAUGGUGACUUUGAUCCGGACGAAUAUGAUAAGAAAAUGCAGGCUAUAUUCAAUAGUGAAUACUAUGAAGUCGAUGAAGGUGAUGAAAAACCAGAAGCUCCUUCCGAUAUCGAAGAUUUACAAGUUGAAAAUUACGAUGAAAUUGGUGACGAGGAUAACACAAAUGCGGAUCCACACUGUGAAGAUGAUGAUUUUAACAUGGAUUGUGAUUAUGAUGAAUCACAAAAAGACCAGAAAAAAUCGUUUCAAGAUGAAAUGAUCGAAAGUACACGGAAACGCAAACGUGGUAAACGUAAAUCAAAAUUCAUGGAAAUGUUCGAAGCCGAUAAACCGAAAUUCGAUCCAAACGAUGAAAAAACGUUCAGCGAAUACUUGGAUGAAUACUAUAAACUGGAUUGUGAGGAUAUAAUCGGAGAUGUGAAAUGUCGAUUCAAAUAUGUUGAGACAACACCAUGUGAUUAUGGACUAUCGAUUGAUGAGAUUCUUGGUGCGAAGAAUAAGGAAUUGAACGCUUGGGCCAGUCUUAAGAAGGCAACACAAAUCCGACCAGAGCAUGUAGAACGUAAUGAACAAAUGAUUUUUCAGAGGAAAGCCAGGAACGACGCACUUAAACGUAAAAUUUUACGAAGUCUUUAUGAACCGUCGGACGAUGAAGCGGAGGUGGAAGAGGGUCCAAUUGUUGUUGAAUGCAAUAAACCAGCUACUAUAUUAGAAAAUGGUGUGCCUAUGCAUCGUGAUGGAGAAAAUGCUGAAGAAAAGAAAAAGAAAAAGAAGAAAAAUAAAACGAAUGUUUCCACUGAAGCAAGUACAUCAGUGACAAGUACAUCUAUAAAUACAUCUGCAGCAAUCACAUCGUCAGUUGAUAUACAACAAGCUGAAGAGAUGAAAGUCGAGCAGACUCCACAAAAACAAUCAACGGAAGAAACGAAACCUCAAUCGAAACUACAACUGAAACAAAAACCAGUAGAAACAUCUAAAAUAAAGCAUAAAGUCACACUAAAAAAGGUGGCCCAUAAGACCAUUGACAAAAAGAGUAGACCGAAUAAGAUUAUCAAGCAAAAGGGAUUAAGUGAUGAACGUCUUAAGGCAUUCGGAAUCAAUCCAAAGAAAUUCGUCAAACAACAAAAGUAUGGUUCACAAAACCAACAGAAAAAUUCCGGCAAUAAAAGCUCACCAACACAAAACGAAAAGUUCAAGAAUAAAAUGAAAAAUAAAUUGAAGAAGGCGUUACAAAAGUAACUUUGCAUAUAAAUAAUAAAUACAGCCAAUAAAGAUUAUGAAAUAAAAGUGUUUGCCAUGUUCAAUAA